UUGGUCGGCUCUACUGUCAAUCAUACGCCCCAAGCCUAAACGGGAUGAAUGGGAUGUAGCCUACUCAUCUAUUCGCCGUAGUGCGCUCCCUCUCGCUCACACGCCUGUUGGCCAAGUGAUGGGAAACAACCGAAUUUCUUUUUACGCACAGGGCGCGGACACACCUGACCCGAGUAUCUUUUCGUUUCGUUUGGAAUUCCCUAUGAAUGGAGCUGGAAAUGAGAUGCAUUCAUCACUAAAUAAUAAGAAGUCCAUUAUAAACAACGUAUAGGCAAGUUGUGGAAUUAUGUCAAUUUCAGCAGGAUUUUUGCAGUGGAAGAGGAGCGAAUAACUUUAGCCAAUAUGCGUUUUUGGAUUAUGACUCGUCUCGCCCGACUGUCCUAUGGAAUAUAGCCCAAUAUAUCAGAACCUGCAUGUUGUCUCGUCAUCCCCCGGGAAGAAUAAAAUAUUUGUUUUCUGCAUCAUGUUGUUCCUGUGGGUGUAUAUGCUAUAUUGCUGCGUCGGAUACUGUUCACCCAUGCCAAGUCUGAUGGUCAGUACAGCCAGCAGUAAACAUUCACAACAUCUCGAACAAGUUGACCCUAACAGAACUCAAACCCGACUCCAAAACGAAGGGGACUUGGAAUCCGAACACCAAGAAGAUCCGCUAGAUUCUUUAGAUCCGUUAUUCGGCGCAUCAUCCAGGGACUUGUUAAAUCAUGAGAAUGAUUUGGACAGCAGAGGAGGGGAGGACUGGGAUGAGAUUCGAAGCGAGCAGAGGACGUUGGAUAAUAAUGUCGUGUCAAGUCUCUUCAACGAGUCAGGGCCGGUGGAGAGUAAGAAGUUGCCCCAGGCGAUUAUCAUCGGCGUGAAGAAGGGAGGCACACGGGCGCUGCUGGAGUUCCUCCGGGUUCAUCCCGACAUCAGAGCUGUUGGGGCCGAGCCGCACUUCUUUGAUCGGAACUAUGACAAGGGACUGGAGUGGUACAGGUACAUUUCAUACACUUAAUAACGUUAACUGAUUAGAAUAGAAACGAAUUAUGUAUAUACUACUAAAAUAAUUCAUAAUUUGCCAUUUAAUUGAGCCCAUCUAUUUAAUGUAAUUUAGUUUGUAUCCAUCUUCAUUUGUAGGCUACUAUUCCG